GGACAACUCUUUGCUGAUUAGUGAUUGGAACGACCAGGUCUUCUUCUGCACUCUUUACUUUCUCUCUCCCCUUCUUCAUUCGGGGCUUGGGAUUUCCCAUUUCUAUGCCUCGAAUCUUAUUCUGUGUUUAGAUUUCUCGUCUUUCAUUUUCCUCCCCAAAUCCUUUGAAGCUGGUGAAAGAGAAAAGAUGUCAAGUGGAGCAACACAUUGGUGUUAUGAGUGCAGACGGCCAAUCAUACUUGAAGGGAGAGAUUUCACAUGCCCUCAUUGUGAUGGAGGCUUUGUGAUAGAACUUGGUGAGGUGCAAAGAACAGAACAUCUGGAAGAUUUUCAUCAAGUACCCGAUAUCUUUGGUGCUAUUCAUGCUGUUAUGGGGAGGAGAUUUCCAGAAACAAGUUUUCUAGAUUCAGUUGAUAACAUCAUGAGGCACAGAAUGGCUGGACGAAACCCAAACUUCGAUGUGAGAAGGCGCUCUAUAGCUGCCAUGGGUCCUGAUCAGAGCUGGGGUGUUAUUAGUUCUGGUCCUUACUUGAUAUUUCAUGGCCAAGUUCCUGGAUUCACUUUGACUAAUGGCAUCCCUAGAGGCGGUCCUAGGCGUGUUGAUGUUAGUGACUACUUUAUGGGGCCUGGGCUGGAAGAACUUAUUGAACAACUCACUAUGAAUGAUCGGCAUGGUCCGCCCCCAGCCUCGCGUUCUUCAAUUGAUGCAAUGCCUACAAUAACAAUCACACAGGCUCAUCUUCGUUCUGACUCUCACUGUCCGGUUUGUCAAGACAAAUUUGAACUUGGUUCUGAGGCAAGGGCGAUGCCAUGUAGCCAUGUUUAUCAUUCUGACUGUAUUGUCCCUUGGUUGGUUCAACAUAACUCAUGCCCUGUUUGCCGUGUUGAGUUACCACCACAUGGACAAGUUAGUCCUCAUGCUAGUCGUAAUGUGGGAGGAAGUAAUGCAGAAAGCACCAACAAUGAUAACCUUAGAGAGAGAGAGCAUAGCCAACAGAACCAAGGAAGGCGGAGUCCGUUUUCAUUUUUGUGGCCAUUCCGUUCUUCUAGCUCAAGCAGUAAUCAAUAUGCUGAGACUAGAGGAAGCAACUCUUCAAAUAGUCGUGACCAGAAUAAUGGAACGAACCAUGGCCGAUGGCGCUUUGAUGAGUAAAUUUUCUUUUCCUCUCCUUUAUUGGUAUUAGUUACUUCCUAAUAAUGCUUUUGUAAAUUAAAUGAGAUGGGGAAAAGAAAUCUUGGAAGAUUGUAAUUCAAAAUUUCAAAUAUAUGCAAGGGAGGUGAUGGAUGGAAGCCCGUGAACAUCACAUUGUACAUGUAUCGAUGCUCGGUGAGUUGAAUGAAUCUGCAGCUUUCACCUGCUAUUAUGCAAUUUGGUUGUUGUAGUGAUUGCCUAUAUUGGCCAUUUGAGUGUGGGAUUGCUGGUCCAUUUCAAAUUAACCAUGAUGCUGGGCUGAGUAAAGCACUGGAAAUUUACUUUGCAGGAAUUUGAGGCCUUUCUUAAUUGCUUUUAAGGACACAAAUAAUUUGCUGAGAUGAUUGGUUUAUUAUUCUGAUUGGUGUUUCAGAAA